AUGGAGCCCAGGGUGGUCUGUGUUCUCGUGCUGGUCUGCGUGCUGACCCUCAGCUCCCUGGCCCAGGGCGAGCUCGAGACGUGUGUGGUGGCCCCACACCACAGGACGAACUGUGGCACCCCAGGAAUCACGCCCAGCCAGUGCAAAGCCAGAGGCUGCUGCUUCGACAACACUGUUAGCGGCGUCCCCUGGUGCUUCCAACCCGUGGCUGUGGACAACUCUCCUGACGAGGAGUGCUCCUUCUAGACGCGCUUCUGGGGAGCGGCGCCAGGAGCUGGA